UUGGAUCAGUUGUCUCCGGUGUUUCGCUAAGAUAAGAUUUCAGUGCGAGUAGAAGCAAUACAGUUUACAGAAAAUGACGCGGAUAGUUGUGUUCUUUGCUUUGCUGGUUGUUGCUCUAGCAGCUCCGGCAGAUGACUCGGCGAAUGCUCAAAUUCUGAAAUACGACAGUGAAAAUAUUGGCAUUGAUGGGUACAGAUUUGAAUUUGAAACCAGUGAUGGAACGUCUCGCCAGGAACAGGCCGAGCUUAGGAAUGCUGGAACUGAUCAGGAAGCGAUAGUGGUUCGAGGAUCGUAUUCCUACGUAGGUCCCGAUGGAACGCAGUACGUGAUAAAUUACGUGGCAGAUGAAAAUGGAUUCCAACCGGAGGGAGCUCAUAUUCCGAAGAAGUAGAGAUGGCAAUUCCUGUAUCUUAAGAGCUAGUUUUGUACAAAAGAUAGACACACCAAAAACAAACCCAAAAUUAGAAUUGAACACGAAAUCAAUAAAAAUGCUUGUUAACUUGUGA